UAAAUGUAAAACUUUUUUCUACAUUGUAGAUUAAUAGUGAACACAAACUAUGAAACUAUGUAACCAAAAAAGUGUUAAACCAAUUAAAAUAUAUUUAUAUUUGAGAUUCUUCAAAUAGCCAGCCAUUGCCUUGAUGACAGCUUUGCACACUCUUGGUGUUCUCAACCAGCUUCAUGAGGUAGUCACCUGGAAUGCAUUUCAAUUAACAAGUGUGCCUUGUUAAAAGUUCAUUUUGUGGAAUUUAUUUCCUUAAUGUGUUUUGAGCCAAUCAGUUGUAUUGUGACAAGGUAGGUGUGGUAUACAGAAGAUAGCCCUAUUUGGUAAAAGACCAAGUCCAUAUUAUGGCAAGAACACCUCAAAUAAGCAAAGAGAAAUGACAGUCCAUCAUUACUUUAAGACAUGAAGGUCAGUCAAUCUGGAAAAUUUCAAGAACUUUUAAAGUUUCUUCAAGUGCAGUCACAAAAACCAUCAAGCGCUAUGAUGAAACUGGCUCUCAUGAAGACUAAAAGAGCCAGUUACCUCUACUGCAGAGGAUAAGUUCAUUAGAGUUACCAGCCUCAGAAAUUGCAGCCCAAAUAAAUGCUUCACAGAGUUCAAGUAAUAGACACAUCUCAACAUCAACUGUUCAGGGGAGACCGCGUGAAACAGGUCUUCAUGGUCGAAUGUUGCAAAUAAACCACUACUAAAGGACACCAAUAAUAAGAAAAGACUUGCUUGGGCCAAGAAACACGAGCAAUGGACAUUAGACCAAUGGAAAUCUGUCCUUUGGUCUGAUGAGUCCAAAUUGGAGAUUUUUGAUUCCAACCGCUGUGUGUUCGUGAGAGACAGAGUAGGUAAACGGAUGAUCUCCACAUGUGUGGUUCCCACCAUAAAGCAUAGAGGAAGAGGUGUGAUGUUGUGGUGGUGCUUUGUUGGUGACACUGUGAUUUAUUUAGAAUUCAAGGCACACUUAACCAGCAUGGCUACCACAGAAUUCUGCAGCGAUACGCCAUCCCAUCUGGUUUGCAUUUAGUGCCACUAUCAUUUGUUUUUCAACAGGAUAAUGACCCAACACACCUCCAUGCUAUGUAAGGGCUAUUUGUCCAAGAAGGAGGGUGAUGAGUGCUGCAUCAGAUGACCUGGCAUCCACAAUCACCCGACCUCAACCCAAUUGAGAUGGUUUGGGAUGAGUUGGACCGCAGAGUGUAGGAAAAGCAGCCAACAAGUGCUCAGAAUAUGUGGGAACUCCUUCAAGACUGUUGGAAAAGCAUUCUUCAUGAAGCUGGUUGAAAGAAUGCGAAGAGUUUGUAAAGCUGUCAUCAAGACAAAGGGUGGCUACUUUGAAAAAUCUAAAAUAUAUUAUGAUUUGUUUAACACUUUUUUGGUUACUACUUGAUUCCAUAUGUGUAAUUUCAUAGUUUUGAUGUCUUCACUAUUAUUCUGCAAUGUAGAAAAUAGUAAAAAAUAAAGAAAAACCUUUGAAUGAGUAGGUGUGUUCAAACUUUUGUCUGGUACUGUAUAUAUGAGAUAGUCUAACAGUAAAAUCCAUUUUCUUUUUUGUUGAGAAAGCAUUGGCCUACCAAGACAAAUUGAAGAUAUAGAUAUGGUUUUACUGCCAUCAAAUGUAUCUAAAAAAGGAAAAGGUCUGACUGUUGGUGUGCUUGGAGGGGGACACAUUGGAAAACAGCUGGUCCAAGUGCUUCUUGAAAAGAAUGGCCUAAAACCGUCACAAAUCAACAUUUCCUCAAGGAGGCCUGAAACUCUAGAGGAAUUUGUGAAGAGGGGUAUCAUGUGUUACUUUGACAACCAGCGAUUGGUGGCCUGGGCAGAUGUGCUGUUCCUCUGUUGUCUUCCCUCUCACCUACCCAAGGUGUGUGCAGAGCUCCAAUUCCACCUACCAAAGCACUGCCUGGUGUACAGCUUCCUCUCUGCCGUACCUUUAAACAGAUUGGCACAGCUUCUUGGUCACAGCUUCAUUCUCAAACCACAGUAUGAGUUUGUGGCUUGUGACUCUGUCAACAUGUGGCUUUUCCGAGGUCAUGUGACCACGGCGUUGAAAGACCCAGAAGUAAUAGAUGCAUCCUGUCCUCUUGCCAUGAGAGGUGGCCUCUGUCUGGAUCCAAAGUGGCUGUUUGGGUUGUUGUACAGUCUCUUGAACAUGUGCACUGCGGCAAAUGUGGGAUCCACUGAAGCUCUUAGGCUGAUCAAUGAGCUGUUCCAGUUAAAAGGUCCAGGCACUGUGGCAUUCAUCCUGAAUAAUUUUGUCAAUUCCUCCUAUGCAUCUUCCCUGACACCAGAUGAGUCUUUCCCCUGGAUUAAUUUAGUUGAUGUUCAGUCUAAGGAGACACCAUUAUCAUGCUUCAUAUCAAGAAAUAACAGUAUGCAGGGUUGUCUCUCUGCUCUAUACAAUUCAGUAAUGGUGGAUCCACUGAAGGGAAAGAAAGAGACAGGAAAACCGAAAAUUGGAACUCUGUCUGUCAUAACACCAAGUCAUUGUAAAAAAUCUGUGUGAUGUUGAUUUACUCUCAAACUGUAACAGAAUAAAAUAAAGGGAUUGAGAAUAUA